AUGGUCUAUUCAUUUCUUUUUCUCACUCGGUCUCUAUCUAUCUAUCUAUCUAUCUAUCUAUCUAUCUAUCUAUCUAUCUAUCUAUCUAUCUAUCUAUCUAUCUUGGUUUAUUCAUCUCUCUCGUUCUCUCUCUCUCUCUUGGUCUUUAUAUCUAUCUAUCUAUCUAUCUAUCUAUCUAUCUAUCUAUCUAUCUAUCUAUCUAUCUUGGUUUAUUCAUCUCUCUCUCUCUCUCUCUCUUGGUCUUCAUAUCUAUCUAUCUAUCUAUCUAUCUAUCUAUCUAUCUAUCUAUCUAUCUAUCUGUCUUGGUUUAUUCAUCUCUCUCUCUCUCUCUCUCUUGGUCUUCAUAUCUAUCUAUCUAUCUAUCUAUCUAUCUAUCUAUCUAUCUAUCUAUCUAUCUAUCUAUCUAUCUAUUUUGGCUUAUUCAUCUAUCUCUCCCUCGGUCUGUACAUUGCUAUCAUUGUCUUUUUUAAAAAAGCCAUCCACUAUCAUUCUUGUCUCCUUUCUUUUUUUUUCUCGUUAAAUCUCGGACCAUUCUCACCUUUAUUUUCCCGAUUUUCUUUCUUUCUUUCUUUCUUUCUUUCUUUCUUUCUUUCUUUCUUUCUUUCUUUCUUUCUUUCUUUCUUUUCCCCUCUCCCAUUCUCACUUUUUCGUGUCACGAUUUCUUUAAUUAAUUUCAUUUUUUGUAAUUUUAUUUACCUUGUCAUUUCGUUUCUUCAUCGUGCCGAGAAAUACGUUCUUUUACGAAGACUUCCUUCCUACUUCGAUCGUUCCUUCCUUUCUUUAUUCCUUCCUUUCUUUAUUCCUUCCUUCCCUCCUCCUCCUUCCUUCCUUCCUUCCUUCCUUCCUUCCUUCUUUCGCCUUUGA